GAUUCCCAAGCUGAGGGUUCAUGGACGCUUCAUUCGGACCUAAUCAGUUAGGAACAAAUGAAGCGCUUAUUAAUAAUUCUACCCUUUCUCAAACUUCCUUUUCUUUGUCCAAAUCCAUAAAUGACAUAAACAGACAUAAUCAAUCUAUAAAACGUAUAUUAAAACCUGCAAAUAUUUACAAAAAACAUGAUCUUGUACCUACUCAAUAUAUAAAACAUAAUAAUGAAACAAAUCUUAAUGAGUGCACUAUACAAAGUUCUAUAAUUACCCAAGAAAACAAUGUUAUAACACCUACAAGUCCAGUAAUUACAUCCACACUUCAAUCCAUCAAUCCCAAUGUAUCUAUAAAAGAUAAAUGUCUAAAUACAAACAGUAACGACUGUCAUCUACUACAAAAUCACAUGGAUAUUAAUAGAGGUACUAAUUCCUACUCUGUGCGAUCAGUAUCAUCACCACAAUUAACAAUUAAACCUGUCAUACGAUCAAAAGUCUACAGAAAAACAUCUUUAAAAUCAAUGAAUUUAUCAAAUGCUAUGCUAGAUCACAGUGUACUCAAUCAUCGUAAAAGUAAUGUUUUGACAUCAGAGAGUCGUAUAAUUAAUAUUUCUAAUUGUUCCAUCACCUCCACAGAUAAACAGGUACCUUUUUCGUGUCUUUCGGGAAUGGCUCAAGGAAAUAACUCGAAUGAUAGAAAAAAUAAAUGGAAUAUGGGAGAGGUACAUAUUACUUGUAAUCCACUUUCAACACCGUAUCCGUAUUCCACGCCUCACCAUAACAUUAUGAGCGAAACUGUAACAGAACCACUAGAUGAUGAACCAAAAAGUCGAAGCUGCGGAAAUUUUUUACCAAUCUUAUCGUUGAUACCACAAACAGUCAUCAGCUUUCAAUACUUAAGCCCGAAAAUGAAAUUUUCGUGGUGGAGAAACAAAAUUUCGUGAAGUGAGUUCCCAAUCUUCAUCAAUUAGAGGUAUCCUGUCAUCGUUACACUUAUAUGUCAGUCAGUCUAUACCUCUUUCUUACUAUAAAUAGGAUCAUACUGAAAGACCGCAUGCAGAUAAAUUUUAAAAACAUAAGUAGUUCCUUCACUCUAUGGAAACGUUUUGCACAAUGUACAACGAAAAUUUAAAUUCUUUGAAGAUGUCUAUAUUGUACAUUACGAUUCUAUUGAAUUUUCUAAUCUAGAAGUCGGCAACCUUCCAUUAAAAAAAGCACCCGGAAUGGCAGAUUUAAGAUAAAGAGUACCGUACUUUAAUUUCAUUAAUAAUAAAUUAUUACGUUACAUUAACUGUCGACUUCUGUUAUACUUAAUUACAAAUUUGUAGACUCCUCGACGCUUUAAUAUUUUGUAUAUUAAGGAUAUUUAAAAAUACUUCGCGGGCAUCCACUGUCCACGAAUCCAACGUUGCCGACCUCUGCUCUAUUCCAUGAAGUUUUUCUUACAAUUUAUUAAUUUAUAGGUAGAAUGAAACAACUAUCCUUAUUCCACGUAAAAAAUUCUCUUAUAAUGUCGUCUACUUAUAGCAAUA